AUGGCUGACCAGCGUCCGCCUUUGCCUUCCGUCUCUUCCUACAACAGCAGGGGAGAGGGCCUUGGUGACCCUUUUGCAGAUCGUCCUCGCCAGACACAAUUCAGCGAACCACCACACCCUUACCAUGGCGCACCUCAAGGUUACGAAAGCUCGGUGACGCUGCCGCAAGAGUUUGGAGCUCAAGGCAACUACGACGACGACGAGUACCUUGAGAAACAACCCUUGAAUGCGAAUCCAAGUUUUGCUGGAGGCUUCUAUCCACCUGGACCCGUCGACCCAGGUGCUUACGGUGAUCCGUACGCUCACGGUCGCCCUGCAUCCAUCAUGUCCACGUCAACGAACGGCGCGGAAAGUGCAUGGAGACGCCGUCAAACUAUCAAACGCGGUGUGACACGUAAAGUCAAGCUCACACAAGGUCAUUUUAUCGCUGAGUAUGCCGUGCCUACUCCUGUUUUCUCUGCCAUCGAAGCCAAGUGGAGCUCGACAAAGAGUACUGAAUUCUCUCAUAUGCGGUACACUGCUGCUACUUGCGACCCUGAUGAGUUCUCAGAAGAAACGGGAUGGUCACUUCGCACCAAGAUCUACAAUCGACAAACAGAGUUACUUAUCGCCGUCACGUCAUAUAACGAAGACAAGACUCUUUACGCUCGUACAUUGCACGGUGUCAUGUUGAACAUUCGCGACAUCUGCAAGACCAAGCAGUCGAAGUAUUGGCGCCGUCAUGCCGAAGAGGGAACUCCAGCGUGGCAGAAGAUCACCGUAGCGCUCAUUGUUGAUGGUCUAGAAGCCAUGGACAAGAGCGUGUUGGAUAUUCUAGCCACCGUUGGCGUCUAUCAAGAUGGUGUCAUGAAGAAGCAGGUAGAUGGCAAGGACACGGUGGCUCACAUCUUCGAGUAUACGACGCAGCUAUCAGUUGAUGCUACACCGCAACUGGUCUUGCCUCAGCCUGAGGACCCCAAUAACCUUGUCCCUGUACAAAUCAUCUUCGUUCUCAAGGCAAAGAAUCAGAAGAAGAUUAAUUCGCAUCGAUGGUUGUUCAACGCAAUUGGUAAAAUUCUGAACCCGGAGAUUUGUGUCCUAAUCGACGCUGGUACCAAACCGGGCCACAAGUCCAUUUACUACCUAUGGGAAGCCUUUUACAAUGACGCGAACCUGGGAGGUUGCUGCGGGGAGAUUCACGCUAUGAUCAAGGGUGGUAAGAAGCUGUUGAAUCCCCUUGUAGCUGCGCAGAACUUCGAGUACAAGAUGUCGAAUAUUCUUGACAAGCCUUUGGAGAGUAGUUUCGGCUACGUGUCUGUGUUGCCUGGCGCUUUCUCCGCCUACCGCUAUCGUGCCAUCCUUGGCCGUCCGCUGGAACAGUACUUUCAUGGUGACCAUUCACUUGCCGAUCGCUUGGGGCCCAAGGGUAUCUACGGCAUGAACAUCUUUACCAAGAACAUGUUCUUGGCCGAAGAUCGUAUCCUUUGCUUCGAGCUUGUAGCCAAAGCUGGAGACCGAUGGACGCUCACCUAUGUCAAGCCUAGUAAGGCAGAGACUGAUGUUCCUGAGUCCGCCGCAGAAUUGAUCGGUCAACGUCGUCGAUGGCUUAACGGUUCCUUCGCUGCCUCUGUCUACGCCCUCGUCAACUUCUUCAGGUUAUAUAAAUCGGGUCACGGUAUCAUUCGCAUGUUCUUCUUCCACAUCCAGGGCUUGUAUAAUGUCUUCUCCCUCAUCUUCUCUUGGUUCGCGCUGGCAAACAUUUGGCUCACCUUCAGUAUCAUCAUCGACCUCCUCCCUAGUCAAGGCAUCAUCAUCUUCGGUACUGAGGAAGUUACUCACUGGGUCAACCUAUCGCUUAAAUGGAUAUAUCUCGCGUUCUUGGCACUACAAUUUAUACUGGCACUGGGUAAUCGGCCGAAGGGAGAACGAAUGGCGUACGCAAUAACUUUAUGGGUGUAUGCAGUGCUCGCCGUGUAUCUCCUCGUCUGUUCAUUCUGGUUGACGGGCAAGGCGUUCGGGGACAUUCCUAGGCAACUGGAAGGGAAAUCCACAAGCGAAGUCAUCCUCACGUUCUUUACUCCACCUGUUGGAGCUCUCAUUGCUGCUAUGGUUUCCACUUUCGGUAUCUACUUCUUCGCAUCUUUCCUAUACCGGGAUCCCUGGCACAUGUUCUCCAGUUUCCUUCAGUAUCUAUGCCUCGCCCCCAGUUUCACAAACGUUCUCAACGUGUAUGCUUUCUGCAAUUUGCACGAUGUUUCGUGGGGUACUAAGGGUAGUGACAAAGCUGAGGCACUACCAUCCGUUUCAUCCAAGAAGGGCAAAGAUGCAGACUCCCCCGUCGUUGAAGAUACCACCAAGGUUCAAGACGAUGUCGAUGCUGCAUUCAAGGAGACUGUGAGUCGCGCCCUAACGAAGAUUGAAACCAAGGAAGAGAUCGAGAAGCCGACCAUGGACGACGAGAACAAAACCUUCCGAACCCGUCUCGUAUCAUUCUGGAUGCUCAGUAACGCUACGCUUGCUAUCGCAAUUGAGAAUCUCAACGGCUUGCCUAACGAUAAGGAUCCGGAGGCCGACGAGGAGCACCUACGCGCCAAACAGAACUUCUACUUCGGUGUCAUUCUGUAUUCAACAUUUGGCCUCGCUGCUGUGCGAUUCGCAGGGUGUUUAUACUACUGGAUCAAACGAAACCUCUUCAGGUGGUGCAGGAGGAACUAA